AUGGCUUUGGGCGAGAUGGAUGGAGCGGGGUCGGAGCCGGAGGAUGGCAGGAAUCAGGAGCCAGGUAUCGUCACCACAAGAAAUAUCCUGGAGAGUUUCACAGAGAGCCAGGAAGUCCGGGGGCUCAUCGGUAACCUGAAGGAAAUCUUUGGGGAUCUGGUGACUCGAGAAAUGACCGUGGAAAAAUUCAUAGGUAUAAUGGACAAAUACCAGGAGCAACCUCACUUGUUGGAUCGCCACUUAGAGUGGAUGAUGAAUUCAUUGUUGGAUAUAGUACGGGACAAUGGAUCUCCUCCCCCAUUAGUUCACCUGGCUUUUAAAUUUCUUUACAUCAUUACGAAGGUGAGAGGGUACAAACUUUUCCUCCCACUGUUUCCUCAUGAAGUAGGUGAUCUACGGCCUGUUUUGGAUAUGCUUGUAGACCAGAAUCCAAAAGACUCUGAGACUUGGGAAACUCGUUAUAUGCUCUUAUUAUGGCUCUCCAUGAUAUGCUUGAUUCCUUUUGAUCUGGCCCGUUUUGAUGGAAACAUUAUUUCUGAGGAAGGGCAUGCUCGUAUGCCAACAAUGGAUCGCAUACUUAAAAUAGCAAAAUGUUACUUGGUUGUCAGCGAUAAGGCUCGAGAUGCAGCUGCUGUGCUGGUUUCAAAAUUUAUUGUCCGGCCUGAUGUCAGGCAAAAAAGGAUGGCAGAUUUCCUGGACUGGACACUUUCAAUGUUAUCUGAAUCUUCCUUCCAGACCAUGGAGGGGACUGUUGUUAUGAAUGGCAUGCUCCAGGCUCUGGCACAGUUAUUUAAACAUGGCAAAAGAGAAGAUUGUUUACCGUACGCUGCUACUGUACUUGAGUGUCUUGAUAACUGCAAGCUGUCAGAAAGUAAUCAGAUGGUUCUUCGCAAGCUAGGGAUGAAACUUGUUCAACGACUUGGACUGACAUUUGUGAAACCGAAGGUAGCAAAAUGGAGAUACCAGCGUGGUUGUCGAUCUCUGGCUGCCAAUCUGCAAGCACAGGGUUCAGUUGUGCAGAAUCAGAUGAUAACAGUUGCUGCUAAUGAAGCUGACGAUGAAGAGGAAUAUGACAUUCCAGGAGAGAUUGAAAAUGUUGUAGAGCAAUUGUUGGUUGGACUGAAAGACAAAGACACUAUUGUCAGGUGGUCUGCAGCAAAAGGAAUUGGUAGAAUAACUGGAAGACUUCCAAAAGAAUUAGCUGAUGACGUGAUUGGGUCUCUGUUGGACUGUUUUAGUUUCCAGGAAACAGACAAUGCGUGGCAUGGUGGAUGCCUGGCUCUGGCUGAAUUAGGCAGAAGAGGAUUGUUACUCCCUUCCCGAAUUUCAGAUGUUGUUCCUGUCAUUUUGAAAGCGCUGACAUAUGAUGAGAAGAGGGGGGCGUGCAGCGUGGGUUCCAACGUGAGAGAUGCAGCGUGCUAUGUGUGCUGGGCCUUUGCUCGUGCUUAUGAUCCUGCAGAACUGAUACCAUUUAUUAAUAAGAUUUCAAGUGCAUUGGUUAUUGCUGCAGUAUUUGAUCGUGAUGUUAAUUGCAGAAGAGCUGCUUCUGCUGCCUUCCAGGAGAAUGUUGGGAGACAGGGCACUUUUCCACAUGGUAUAGACAUUCUAACUGCAGCUGAUUAUUUUGCUGUUGGUAACAGAGUUAACUGUUAUCUGACUAUAAGUGUGUAUAUUGCUGGCUUUCCUGAGUACACACAGCCAAUGAUUGAUCAUUUAGUUAACAUGAAGAUUAACCACUGGGAUAGUGUUAUUCGAGAACUUUCAACCAAAGCUCUGCAUAACCUUACUCCUCGGGCUCCUGAAUACAUGGCAGAUGUGGUUUUGCCGAGACUUCUGCCUUUAUCAGUGGGCACAGAUCUGCACACACGCCAUGGGGCAAUUCUUGCCUGUGCUGAGAUCACCCAUGCACUGUGUAAGCUAGCAGGAGAGAAUAAUAGAUCUAUAACAUAUUAUUUCAAUGAAAAAUCAUUGGAGGGACUGAAGCAAAUCCAUCAAGAGCUUUGCAGUCGUCAAUUGUACAGGGGUUUAGGUGGAGAACUGAUGAGACCAGCUGUCUGCACUUUAAUUGAAAAGUUGUCACUAUCAAAAAUGCCAUUUAGAGGAGAUCCAGUAAUUGGUGGCUGGCAGUGGUUAAUAAACGACAGUCUAAGAAGUCUCCCUCUUGUUUCAAGUGCUGCACGACAGCAUAUAAAGGAGUCUGCAGUCUCUGCACUGGCUGCGCUGUGUAAUGAAUAUUACAUCAAUGAGAAGGGAGACGCUGAUCCAGCUCUACAGGAUGAGCUGGUGACACAGUACGUUUCAGAAUUACAAAACACAGAGGAAAUGAUUCGUUGUGGCUUUUCACGAGCUCUUGGGGCCCUUCCAAGAUUUCUGCUAAAGGGCAGGCUCCAACAGGUUUUGGAAGGUUUGAAAAAAGUUACCUUGAUUUCCCCUGCAGAUGUGAGCUUUGCAGAAUCCAGAAGAGAUGCCCUAAUAGCAAUUGCAAAGGUUUGCCAGACAGUAGGUGUAAAAGGAGAAGGAUCUGAGGGAGAAUAUGUCUGCAAAGAUAAUGUUACUCAGAUUUAUACUACGUUACUUAGUGGUGUGACUGACUACACCACAGACAGCCGAGGAGAUGUUGGAGGAUGGGUACGUGAAGCUGCUAUGACAAGUUUAAUGGAAGUGACGCUUCUGCUGGUUCAGAAUGAAGCGGAGUUAAUUAAUGCCAACAUCUGCAAACAGAUUAUGUGCUGGCUGGCUCAACAGUCGGCUGAAAAAAUAGAUAAGUUUCGAGCUCAUGCAGGGUCUGUGUUCCUUACUCUUUUACAUUUUGACCAUCCUCCAGUUCCACACAUACCUCAUCGAGAAGAGCUAGAGAGGAUAUUUCCAAGGUCAGAGAAAGAGACUCUAAACUGGAAUGCCGCAUCAGAAGCUUUCCCUCGAAUCACCCAGCUUUUGGGUUUGCCAGCAUACCAAUACUAUGUGCUUUUGGGUCUCUCGGUGUCUGUUGGUGGAUUAACAGAGACAACG